UUGUCCUGUAACAGGAUCUUGUCUCUUGGAACUUCCUCGAUCAUUCGACGUGUCUUUUAGCCGCGUCUUUCCUUGCCAUCGUCAUGCCUCCAGGCUAUAGCCGCGUGUCCGACGAAGACGAAGAGGGACCGUUUCGAUUCGGUCGAGAGGCUCCAGCAGUCGCCGCUCUCGACACGUCGACACGACGAGAGAUGAGCCUAUCGUCUCGUCCCAGUCGCACGUCUUCCAUCAUCAGUAGACUUCUAGACAAGGUGAUCUCAUUCUACGUCAAAUUGAACACUAGAUGGUGGGCUGCUUCUGCUGUCUGGCUUUCUAUUUUGAGCAUCUCCGUUGGAUCGGCGUUGGCUGCUGGGCUCAAGUUUCGUCCAAUCGUAGAUGUCACUUUGGGCUCGUUUCAGAUUCCCAAUCAGCGAGUGGCUCGUGAGUACGACGCCAUGAGCGUGGCCAUCGAUUGGAGCAAGUCGCAUCGAUUCGCUCGUUCUUCUCAUUGUUGUGGCAAUAGGCAAGCAUGUCCAAAAUGGAAGUUUGAUAUUGUUUAUUUACCGACGGGAGGUGGAUACGAUCCGGAUAACAUCUUCACCGAAGAGAGAAUUGAGGAUAUUCAUAGUAUUGAGAAGAGGCUCACCCAGCAUCCUAGUUAUGACAAAUUCUGCUGGAUGAAAAACGAUGAAUGUGUGCCAAUCAACUCUCUACUGACAUACUUUUAUCCCAGUGUAAAUGACGGACAGCGAGUGUUCGAUGGAAGGGGAUCGACAUUGGGAAAUCUGACUGAUAAACUGCAAAAGGCACAGACUAAUGUAUAUAUGUAUUGGUAUGUGGACAGUCAGUUUAAUUUAAAUAACCAAAAGAGUCGAUUGCUUCGAUCCGAGGUGACGUUUGCUCGACGACUUGAGAAUUUUCCGACUUGCCCAACGAGUGCUCAAUUUGCUCAAGAGUCUGCUGUAGCUGAUCGUUACAUCAUAUCCUUGAUUCCUAUGCUGGCAAAUGCUUCCACCGAAAAUGUGAGAGUUCUCUAUGGUGGAGGAGCAAUUUAUGACUAUGAGGUGAAACAGGCUCUGAUUGGUGACUCAAAACUGGCGAUCAUAUCAUUGUGUUUGAUCGUCGUGCUUGUCUUCAUACUAACAUCAUUCUCUCCCUAUUUAACUUUUAUGGGUAUAUUGUGUGUUGUUGAAAGUUUUCCCAUUACAUAUAUCAUAUAUCGGGUUUUUUUUGGCAUCCCUGUUGUUGGUAUUCUCAACGUGGUCUCUCUCUUUGUCAUUGUCGGCAUCGGAGUUGAUGAUGUUUUCGUCUUCAUCAAUACGUUUCGUCUCUCAAGUGAACACGGGAGUGAUAUUCAUAUGAGAUUGGUGUACACAAUCAAAACCGCUGGAAAAACUACACUGUUUACGUCUGUCACUACAGCAACAGCAUUUUUUGCUAAUCUACCAUCAGAACUGCCAGCUAUUCAUGACUUUGGUUUGUUCAUGGGCUGGUUGGUGGUCGUAUGUUAUUUGGUUACAUUGCUUUCUAUGCCAGCAAUUUUGUAUAUUUGGUGGAAAGGAAAGGCUUUCUUGAAGAAUCGAUUCAAAGAUGUAUUUAAUUCUGAUCAAAACGAGCAGCCUGAAGUUAUAGAUCAUGCUGCUGUUAGCAAUGGGUACGCAAUGCCAAUGCAACCAAUGGAUGAGUUUGGACAACUAGCUGUGGAUAAUAGGGAUUGUAUCAAUGUUGAGUCUGCUCAAUUACCUGUGCAUAAUGGCAACUACCGUAUUGAUGACGACUUUUAUUAUGAUGAUCACCUUUUCUCUGAACAGAUUUCUCAUGGAGUUUGUUGCAAAGAAAUGACCGACGAUCAUCUCAUUAAUACUGAUGAUCUGAAAACAUGCUCAUUAUUCUCUUUAUUGCAUCAUUUUAUUGCAAACAAACUUUCUCGGUGGAUUAUUCGUUCUCGCAUCAUGUUGAUUCUUCUGUAUGUUGUUCUGUUAUUGGCAUCAUCUGGACUACUUUCGAAUCUUCGAACUGCAGAAAAACCACCACAAUUUUUUCCCUCUGAUAGCAAUAUACAGCAACUGAUUGACAUCGGGUAUAACCUUACAAACUCAGACAAGACCAGUUGCAUACAGUGCUCGGGCUUUUGGAAAGCACAUCCAGUUCCCAUAUCUGUUUCAACACAGCAAUCAAAAACACUUACCAGCUCUCCUGUUGUGACCAAAGCAAUAGUACCCACUGAUAGUCAUCAUCUUACACACAAAGUGAAUCCAAUUGUAACUCACACAACUCAGCAACCAAAACGACCUACGAAACCACCAAGCAAGAAGACAGAGCCCCCAAAGCAAGAAACCAGACCACCAAACCAUGUAACACAGUCACCUCAGCAGUUGACAGCAAAGUCGACAUCUAAUGUAAAUGUAAAAACAGACCAUUUACACCAUGUUGAAGUAACUCCUAAACACACGUCUACCAAGAAGGCACAUGCGAUCACCAAGAAGGUACAUGCGAUCACCAAGAAGGCACAUGCUAUCACCAAGAAAGCAACUGCAGCUCAUGCAACGUCAUUGGUGAAUUUGUGUCCGACAACAUCAUCGUGUAAACCUGUGGAUCGUCCUGCAUCUGGAAAUAACGCCAUUGUUUAUAUUGUGUUUGGGAUUCUUGACAUUGACAGAAGUCGAGUUGCUAGUGCUGGUCAUGUUGUUUCGGAUGAUUUGGGUGAUGUUGUUUGGGAUAAACAGUUUACCAGACAGCUAAGUAUUGAUGGAGAAAGAAACGAUGACCUGAUUGACGCCCUCUGUGACAUUUGUAUACUAGCGCAGGACCCAAGCAGAGAACUGGUAAAGAAAAACGGUGCCGACUGUUUUCCGGCAGUGGCAGGUUUAAACUUGAACAAUUACUGUUCAAAAUUUAAGUCAGCUGUAAACUACCCAACCCAAUUUCAUGCUCCUAGUCACUUAAACAAAGAAUUAAGAGCGGCCUUUGGUGUUAAUGUUAAUGGCACAUACAUCCAAUGGAUGUCAAUGGCAUUUCAGUCGACGACGUACAAGGGACGAUCAAGCUUUGAAAAUGUUGAUGACUAUGACCGAUGGAAUGAGUUUUUGAAUGCAGUGAAAGAGAAAUACCGACAUGUUGCCGCCAUUCAGAAUAUGUACCAGACCAGCAGCUACUGGGUGGAUAUGUUUCGCGAAACGAUAGCGGUUUCAUCGGCGAUAUAUGGGAUAUUGCUGUCGAUUCUACUUUGCAUGUGCUGGGUGAUUCUCUUUACUGGCCACAUAUGGCUGGUCAUUGUCGUGUUUAAGUCAAUUGUCGGUACUUUGCUGACCGUGUUGUCACUAAUGUAUUUAAUAGGUUGGACAUUUGGAGGCGUCGAAGCUGUCACGUUAUCAGUUCUUGUUGGAACAUCUGUGGACUACAUCGUGCACUUGGUCGAGUCGUUUGUGAUCUCAGGGAGAGAGUUGAAAGUUCGAGCAUCGAAUCCAAAUCGUGAUGUACAGAAUCGCAUGCGAUGGGCUAUCAGUCACGUUGGAAUUUCGAUCAUGAGCUCUGCAGUCACAACUGUUGCGGCGUCGAUUCCUCUCUGUUUCGCCGAGAUUCAAUUGUUUGCCAAAUUUGGUCAAAUUCUACUUCUCAAUACAGGUAUAUCGGUUAUAUAUGCCUUGACAGCAUGUGUAUCUAUGUUGUGCAUAUUUGGUGGUCUGAGAUGUUGCUGUUUGAGGAAUUACGAGAACUCGUGUAAACGAACUCUUAUUAGUUAUGUAGUUGUGUGUAUACUUUUGGGGACCGUGGUUUCUGUAGUAUAUGUUGUAUCUAAAUCGGGUCACUCCAUACCAGGUCCUGAUGGCGAACCACUGUUUUGAGAUGACUGGAUUAUACAAAAUAUUUGACUUUUUGAAUGAUGAAUCAAUUAGUUUGUGUAGAUAAAA